AUGAAGUUCACUGCCCUCACAAUUGCGCUCAUGGGCGCUCUGGCUGCGGCCUCCGACGUCGUCAAGCUCGAUUCCGACAACUUUGCCGACUUUGUCACUGACAACAAGCUCGUCCUCGCUGAGUUCUUUGCUCCCUGGUGCGGACACUGCAAGCAACUCGCCCCCGAGUACGAGUCUGCAGCCACCAUCCUUAAGGAGAAGGGCAUCCCCAUUGGAAAGGUCGACUGUACCGAGAACGAGGAGCUCUGCUCCAAGUUUGAGAUCCAGGGCUACCCCACCCUCAAGAUCUUCCGUGGAUCUGAGGAGGACAGCUCUCUCUACCAGUCUGCCCGAACCUCCGAGGCAAUUGUCCAGUACUUGCUGAAGCAGGCCCUUCCUCUCGUUUCCGAAUUCGCCAACGAGAAAGAGCUCAAUGCCUUCACCAAGGACAACGACGUCACCAUUGUUGCCUUCCACGAUGAGGAUGACGAGAAGUCUCAGUCCACCUUCCAGCGAGUCGCACAGAAGCUCCGAGAGCGAUUCACUUUCGGCCACUCCGCUGACAAGGCCCUUGCCAAGAAGUACGGUGUCGAGAAGUUCCCCGCUCUCGUUGUCUACCGAAACUUCGAUGAGAAGCCCGCCGUUUACGACAUCUCUGCUGGCAAGAAGGUGUUCAAGUUUAAGCCCGAGCCUCUUACCAAGUUCAUCAAGACCGAGGCUGUCCCCGUCAUUGGUGAGAUUGGUCCCGCUUCUUUCCAGGACUACGCCACAUCUGGCCUCCCUCUGGUCUACAUCUUCUCUGCUCUGGAGAAGGACACCAAGCAGAUCUCCGAGUGGGUCAAGCCUUGGGCUGAGAAGCUGAAGGGUGAGGCUUAUGUCGGUGUCAUUGACGCUGACCUCUACGGAUCUCACGCCCAGAACGUCAACAUCCAGGAGAAGUUCCCUGCCAUCGCUAUCGAGAACUUCGACAACAAGAAGAAGUGGGCCCAUGCUCAGGAUGCCAAGAUCACCAAGGCCUCCGUCGACAAGUUCUUCAAGGAGUACAUUGAGGGAACUCUCGAGCCUAUCCUCAAGUCUGACCCCGUCCCCGAGUACCAGGAUGGUCCCGUCCACAUUGUUGUCGGCAAGAACUACAAGGAUAUUGUUCUCGAUGAUGACAAGGAUGUUCUGAUCGAGUUCUACGCUCCCUGGUGCGGACACUGCAAGAUUCUUGCUCCCAUCUACGACGAGCUUGGAGACCUCUUCUUCGACCACCCCGAGAUCUCCAAGAAGGUUACUGUCGCCAAGAUCGACGCCACCACUAACGAGUUCCCUGAUGAGGAUGUCAAGGGUUUCCCCACUAUCAAGCUGUACCCCGCCGGUAAGAAGAACGCCCCUAUCACCUACCCCGGUGCUCGAACCCUUGAGGGUCUUAACCAAUUCAUCAAGGAGCACGGUACCCACAAGGUUGACGGUCUCGCCCAUGCCGAUGAGGAGGAGGCCCCUGCCAAGGAUACCAAGGCCAAGAAGGGAGGCAAGAUUGAUGAUGAGCUUUAA